CUUCGCUCAGAUUUGCCUGCACCUCUCCGAGAAAUACGCCGCUCUCAUUGGCUAAGGAGACUGGGUCACGUGACACUACUUCACUUCGCAUCCCCCUUUCGCCUCAAACCAUGAAAUCCUCAUUAAUAAAAAUACUCAUAAAAAAAAACUAAAGCUCCCUGAGAGAUCGACAUUGAAGAGACAAGCAGUUCUCCCAAGAGCUACCAGCAAAGCUUGACGAACUUCUUAACUCUUCCAUGCCGGGUAGUGUCCGCCUCCAAGCACCUACCGCCGCCUGGAACUAACGGCAGGUAGGGAGCAGCAGCUGAUAUGCCAGGUAAUUCGAGAAAUUUAUGGGCAAUCAUAUCUGUCCAUUUGGCCGCCGAAAUGGGUUGCUUUCAGACACGCGCUUUUGCCGGCUUCAUACAGGACGCAGGAUGCAAGCUUCAGACCGGUUUCGGGCCAGAAACAAAGUCUCUGGUAUGCAGUUUUUCCAGAUGAAGCUCCCCUUCAUAUUUUCAAUAUCAGGCUUGAAUGAUAUCAAGACCACUGGUGGUUACCAAGCUUCACGACGGCGAAUCCUACUACAUCUGCGCAGUGUCCGCAAGCGGCCGAGGCUAUAUUUAAGAACUGGUCUCCCAUUUACGUUUCUACAGAUCAAGAACACAGUAUGAGUUCGUAUUAUACCAACUCUUACAUGCCGGACCUUCGUAGUCCUGGAGGUGUCGAGCAGUAUAAUGGACAACCGGUUCACACACAACCCAAUGGUGACAUGUGUGACCAAGGACAGAGACAAUAUAUUCAACCGCAAUAUGCAUCUUCACCGGUGCAGGGGGCCACGUAUCCUCGGUUUCCCCCAUAUGAUAGACUGGAGAUUCGUCCGAUUACCUCAUCGCCAAAUUCACCAAGCCCACCGGGCCAGUAUUAUGGGAAUCCUUGCAAUCAGGCACCGCCUGGACCGCCAUUACCUCAACCUGCUCACCAACCGCCCCAGCAUGCUCCCAUGAACCAUCCUAACGCGUAUGUACCACAAGAUGGUCAGAAUAAUUGCCGAGGGUCGCCCCAUCACGACCCCAACGGUGCACAGCAUCCAAACAUGUCGCCAGCUCAAUACCCAAGCUGUAAAAUGCAACCUCAACCGGUUCCACACGGACCGCCCCAUCAACAACAAGCUAUGGGUCACGACCCCAACGGGGUGGUCCAUCGACAGGUGAAUUCGGAAUGUGGGCCGCCGCCCCCACCGCCGCCCAAUACCAUGCCCCCGUGCCAAAGUCCGGUUCAGUCCCCACAGCAGCCACCUCCCCAGAUGUAUCAGAAUCAUGGCGGUCCCCCACCCAAUCAGCAACAAGUUCAGCAGCAGCAACAGGUUCAACCUCCUCAGGCUGGGAAUAUGCCCAGUCCACUUUAUCCCUGGAUGAGGAGUCAGUUCGAAAGGAAACGAGGACGACAGACUUACACCCGCUAUCAAACUCUGGAGUUGGAAAAAGAAUUUCACUUCAAUCGUUACCUGACCCGACGAAGGCGUAUUGAAAUCGCUCAUGCUCUAUGCCUCACAGAGAGACAAAUUAAAAUUUGGUUUCAGAAUCGCCGCAUGAAGUGGAAGAAAGAAAAUAAGGCCAAGUUAGAGGCUGGUCUAACUAUGGGCCCUACACCCCCUGAGCUCACCCAUCUGGGAGAACAUCCACAACAGUGAACGGACGAAGAGUUCUCUGAGUCCAUUUUGAUUUUCAUCUCUCCAUCUGGCUUUGUGGAAAAACUUUGGUAGAAGUAUAAAGUUAGGUUUAAUUUAUCGGUUUGAUUUGUCACUCUGAUUCUCAUUUCGUGUCAUCUGUAAAUGAAACACAUCGAUUCUUGUUCUGGUAGUAAAAUUUACAAGGAAACCGAACGCUAUUCUCACACCAAUACACAUAUCUAGAAGACUGAUUAAAUGACUCAGAAAAGGUUUAAAAUCGGUACAUUAAAUCGGAAAUGUUCCUCCAUUGAACCAAAUACACCAAGACUGCCAAACAGGGAUGGUUAGUAAGUGUUUAUUACUCUUCAUCAAUUUUGAUCAUAGAAGAAGAAUGUGAUGAUGGUUUGUUUUCACCUAUAUCUAUUUGGCAAAUUAACAAAUUACAUUAUUAGCAUCUGAGUCGUGUUCUUUAUUCCUUGUAAAUUCCCAUUUGUACAGUCUAGCAUGUUUUAUUUCAAUGGUAAGUUUUGUAUGAGAUUGCAGAAACUGUAAAUGAUAUCUUUUUCGAAAAGAAA